UCUGUGCACUCACCCUAAUAAUUGUUCUAAUAGUCACAUCUCUCAGACACUUGCAGGUACCACAACGAAAGGAAAAUCUACAGCACAAAGAGCCCAAAAGACUAAGGAAAAGCGUUUACAGACACAAAAGGAAGGUGUGGGAGGUAUUGUAAGGCUUUUUCUUGUAUGCAGAGCAACUAUAAUAUGCAGAGCACUUAUAAUGGCAAUUCCAUCAUGUGUUAGUUGUUAACCACUGGCUAUCUAGUCAAUGUUCCAUAUCAUAAGAGGAUCACUCAGACAAAAGGUGUAAAGGGUAUGCUUCAAAAUGGAGCUAAAACGCACAGAGGCGAAGAUAACAGGAGCAGACAUAAUCUACAUCUACAACAACACCAAGAGGAAAACUGUCCCACCUUUUCCUAUACACAGAUAAAAUCCAGAGGAAGCAGUUCAUCUCUGAAAUCACCUAAGCCCAUGGCUACCAAGGUAUCUGUUGCCUUGGAGAAUGAUCUUAGACGGUACGGCUCAUUUCAUAUUCAGAAUUCCACAGCACAACCAAAGAGUACUAGUGAAAACACAAGCAAGCCGCAGCUUCAUUCCCAACAGCCAAGACCAUCAGUACUACGCAUAGGCAACCAGCCUUUUCCACAAGCGGUAGAUGUGUACGACUGGGUUGUGAAUGCUGUGUGUAAGACAGAGCCUGAAAGUGACCUGUCAGACACUGAACCAUAUUAUACUGGCCAAUCAGAAAGCAGAGGCAAAGCCUCCAGGUCAAGUCCUCAGCCAAGCACCAUGGAGCAUAGCGGAAGGCAUUCAUAUUCUGUUCAAGAGGGCUUACUGUGUGUUAAAGGACAAUGUAGAUGGCCAGGAUGCUCAAGGAACAAGGAGGUGUUCAAAGAAUAUGCACAUUUCCUCAGACAUUUGUCUAAUGAUCAUGCUCCCGGAGACAGAAGCAUAGCUCAGAUAAGAAUGCAAAAAGACAAAGUGCAAAACAUGGAGGAUCAGUUAACUGCAGAAAGACAAAAACUUCGGGCAAUGCAACUGCACCUGUUACAGGCCAAAUCUACAACAGAGACUGGUAACAGUGAAGAGGAGCUGGGCCAUCUGUCAGGACUCCUGCAACCUGCAGUAUGUCAGAAUGCAGAUGGCCACUGCGACAGUGAGCGAGUGGCAGCUGAUGCAUUAACACAAGGGUACUGGCAGAUCUCUACCUCACAAGUUAUACCAGGGAUUAUCCCCAGUUUUGAGUAUUAUAAAUACACAAACAUCAGGCCACCGUUCACCUAUGCCUCCAUGAUAAGAUGGGCGAUCCUGGAAGCUCCAGAGAAACAGCUGACUCUAAAUGAAAUCUAUCACUGGUUCACCCGCAUGUUCUUCUACUUUCGUCACAACACGGCCACGUGGAAGAAUGCUGUUCGGCAUAACCUGAGUCUACAUAAGUGCUUUGUACGUGUGGAAGGAAGGAAAGGCUCUGUUUGGACAGUGGAUGAAGAGGAAUUUCUUAGAAGGAAAGGACAAAAGUUACAAAGGGAACAUGAUAUAGCCUGGAUGGCACCUUAUCCUUUGAAUGGCACCUUUUUUCCUUUGACUCCAAGAAGUGAAUCUUACCAGAUGUGAGGAGCUGGGGUUAGGAGACUGCAAACAAUAUUCACCACUAACAAUAUUAUCUUUUAGAAUGAAUACAGCUUAUGGGAGCAAAUUAUCUAAGUGAAAACUGUUGUAAGUUUUGUAGAUGGAUAGCACUAUAUACGUUGAUAAUCAAAUGUAGACCUUUUUACAUGUUACUGCUGUACAAUUUAAUUUAAUAUCACGAACCAUAAAACUGUACAUGUUUAUCUUUAUGAAUUGAAAUAUAUGCAAAUAAAGAUAUAAACUGUU